UCAUAUGUUUCCCCCCGGCUCACGUACGCAACCGGAACAGCAAACAAGCAUGAUGAUAAUGAUGCUGAAAUGAAUGGAUUCAAAAGAUUUACAAGUAGAAACUCUUGUAGCUGAAACGUCGUCAUGUUUUAAGUAGAUAAACACUGUUGUCAGCAAUGGAGUUUGACAUUUUAGACUCUUUAGAGCAGCUCGGCUAUGCCGGCCCCCUGAUGGAGGAGAAGGCGCUCCUCGGAGCUGCACAGGGAGGCCUGUCCUCUCAGGAGUAUGUGGACCUGUGCAGGUGGCUGGCAUCCAGGUUAAAGCUGCAGUGUGAGCUGGAGGAGAGCAUCACUUCUGGUCCAGACGACUUGGACAGCCUGCAGGUGGAGGUGAGCGGUUUGCUGAAAGAGUUGCACUGUCCUCAUGAAGAAGUAGUUUCAGGAAUUCUCAAGGGCAGCGCACGAAAUCAAAAAGAUCAUCUAAAGAUUGUCUUGUUUCUAAGCUCGGAGCUUCAGGCGGCUCAGAUUGUGAGGAGCAGACACAUCUCAGAUAAACAGCAAGACGAGAGGCUGGAGUAUCAGGAGCUCCUGAAAAUCUGUCAAACACUGAACCUCCCAGAGCCCCAAGGACAGGAUACAGCAGGCGUCUUCUCCCAAAUACAAGACAAGGUUAAAAAAGUACUUGAAGAUCUCCCAGACGGUUCGAUUGGAAACCCCGUGCUGAAGAAAUCUCUCAGCAGUGAUCAGUGGGAGAAGCUGCACAACAUAAACGCAGCUCUGUCGUCGGAGUACGAGUGUCGGCGCAGGAUGCUCAUCAAGCGGCUGGACGUCACGGUUCAGUCCUUCGGGUGGUCAGACAGAGCCAAGGUAAAGGUGGACAGCAUGGCGAGGGCCUACCAGCCCAGGAGACACUCUCUGAGGCCACAGUCGAUGGUGGACGCGGCCGAGCUGCUGGCUGCCAGAGAAGACCUCUGCAACGUGGUGAAGACCAGCAGCGGCUCCAGCAGAGAGAAGACGACUUGUGCUGUCAACAAGAUCCUCAUGGGGAGAGUGCCAGACCGAGGAGGACGUCCCUCAGAGAUAGAAGCCCCACCCCCCGAGAUGCCACCCUGGCAGAAAAGACAAGAUGGAGGAGGAGGGGGUGGCUGGGGAGGACGUGGUGGUGGACGAGGUGGUGGAAGAGGAGGAGGAGGAGGUGGUGGUUGGAGAGGAGGUGGAUGGAACCAAGGAGGACACAGUGGGCACGGAGGAUACGGAGGAUACGGAGGAAAGAGAGGACGGUACCAGUAUUAGUUUCUACUGAUAUUCUCUUGUGUUUCCACAUGAACUCGACUUGUGUUGUCUGUGGAGGCAGAAAACACGUUUUUACAAGUCAGAUGUCAGACAGGCAGAUUUCAGCCAAAAAUCAUCUUCUCAUUUGGAUGAUUAAUAGUGCUCCUGUUUUUACUUUUGGUAUAAUAGUGUUUUGUUUUUAUAUUCGCAUUGUUUUUUUUAAGUGAAAGUAGGAGUAAAGACUUCUUGACAAGUUCCCUUUUUGUUUCUUGGAAUGGUGACGAAAACAAAUUUGACAUGCACAUUGUGCCAUAAUGGUGCAUCUUCAAUAAUAUGUUUAAGUUAGGACUGAAAUGAACAAUUAUUCUUAUUAUCAGUUGAUGUCUAUUAUUUUCUUGAUUAAUCAAUUAGCCGCUGGGACUAUAAAAUGUCAGAA